UAGAUUGGCUCUUACUUCAUUACCUGUCACUUGCACAAUUGGUGUGCAGAAAUAACUGGAGAUAGGGCUGCUGUCAUCGCAUGAUAUGCCGAUUCGGUACCAUGCUCAGAGGAAGCACAUCAUUUACUCGCUUGACGCACUCCUCUACGAACUCCACGCCCUCUCCUUCCUCCUCGCGCCAAGCGUACUCGUCCUCCUCUGUCGAUGUACGACACAAUUCCAGUUCGCGAGGGUGCGUGAGUUGGAUGGGAGGAGGCCGUUGGCGUUUUGGCUUGCGCUUGUGUUGUUGGUUAAUGUUGGUGGGGUAUGGGCGCAUGCGUCGAUUGCUGAAGGAGAGGGAGGGAAGGGGAUCGUGCUUGAUUUCGUUGGGAUGGGACGAAGACCGUCUAAAACCCAACUAUUAUUACUCGACGCUACGAUUAUGUUCCUCCAAGCAAUCCUUACUACGAUUGCAUACGAGACGUCACUCGCGCUCGCGAUGCCAGCUGACGUUGUGGACCCCUUGUUCCCUGCUGCGACGGAUUCCUCCGCGCCGCCUUCACCGAUUAUCCUCCCGGAACCGAGGACUUCAGAAACAGCGGCGUUCUUACCGUACUCUUCGGCGGUUGUCAGUGCAGACGCAUCGAUGACAUACCCACCAACUCGUCCACCAAUCCCCUCGUCAUCUUCUCCAUCCUUUGAAUCGUCAACGAAAGCAUCUAUGGAUCCAGUACCACCCUCGAUACCCAUAAUCAACCUUUCAUUACGACAUAUCAUCCACCGACUAACCUCGCCUGUUCCUACACCUCCACCCCGCACGGAUGGGUUAGAUGGGGAAGAUGACGAGUUGGGUGUUUUGAGGUUGCCGUUACCGAAUACGACGUCUGUGAGGGUUGCGCAUACGUUGAGGAUACUUCAGCAGGCGAGGGCGAGGAGGAGGGAGAGGGAGAGGCAGGAGGCGAGGAGGCCGAGGGGGAAUGCGAGUAGGGGUAGUGGAGAUGGUGUAGCUGGUGGAAGUGCAAAUGCGAAUGGGAGAGGGAGAGGAAGGAGGAUACCCGGUGCGAUUGUCGAAGAGGAGGAUGAGGGAGAGUAGUCUUGUACAUGAUGGGUUCUACUGCAUAAAUUAUAUCCCCUCUCGUUUGGUAUGCUUUGCUAUCCUUCGUUGGUUGAUUGGUUUCCGCAUUUUGUUUUUUUCUUCUUCUACCAUCGCUCUCGUGUCACACUCCUCCUGGUAUAAACGAUUUGGAUUUUGGUUGAGUUCACCAUUUCCUCUUCAUCACAUCCCUCAAACACCUCCCAAACAGCUCAAACUCAGCUUUACACGCGUCCUUCUUAACGUCAGUAUACGUCGCGAGUAUACAUUUCCCGUACGCGCUAGCCUGGGCUGCGCAUGUUGUCGUUGAGUGGAAUGCGAGUCGUUUGAGUGGGGUUGAGAGGUGGGAAGUUGGUUGAGUGGAGGACAUUUGAAAGUUUAAGUGGUGUUGCUUAAAGAGGAGAUAGAACUUAGAAGAAAGGUAGGUUCUGC